AUGAACCGUCUCGGCAUGCUGGUGGACCUCUCGCACGUGUCCGAGCGCACUAUGCGUGACGCACUGUCAGUGUCACGUGCGCCCGUCCUCUUCUCGCACUCGUCGGCGCGUGCGCUGUGCAACGUCACAAGAAACGUUCCCGACACAGUACUGCGUCUACUCGCUGCUAACAAAGGACUCAUCAUGGUCAACUUCUACACCUCUUUCCUCACCUGCAGGGACACGGCUACCGUUAAAGACGCAAUAGCUCACAUAAAUCACAUCCGCGACGUAGCUGGAGUAGACAGCGUAGGUCUAGGAGCUGGCUACGAUGGAAUAAAUUACACACCUCAAGGCUUAGAAGACGUCUCCUCAUAUCCUUUGCUCUUCGCGGAGCUUAUGGAAGAGGGAUGGAGUAUAGAAGAUCUAAGAAAACUUGCAGGGCUAAACUUGCUGAGGGUAUUGAGCGCCGCCGAACGAGUGGCACGCGAAUUAUCAUCUGCACACGUGAUGCCCUUUGAAGACAUCCCACCGCGGCCGCUUGAUGUUCACAAUUGUUCUAGUCAAGAUUUAUAG